AUGCAGCAUUCGGCAGAAGCCGCCGAGGCUCGGCAAGAUGCCAUGAUCGCCGACCAUCGAACAACCUCCUCACUUUCUGCACUGACCAAUCCCGACAAACACAAUGGCCGUGACACAAUGACACGAGGCAUAGGGCUGAAGCGUCAUUCCAUCUUCUCCGAAGACGACGAAGGGGACCGACAGCAAAGAAGGAAGUUUGUCGCCUGCCAACGAUGUCAUGCACAUAAAAUCAAAUGCUCCGGCGACCUGCCAUGCAACAAGUGUCGCUCCGUGGGCUGCGCCGAUGAGUGCGCGUAUGCCCCAAGAGACCGUCAGGUCAAAGUCAGCGAAAAGUAUGAGCAAUCCCGGAAAAGGAGCGGGACCAACUCCGGAAAAGCCUUUCCCACCCAUCAAUUAAACCCUAGCGCUAACUGGAAUGCUUCUAGUUAUCUCGACCAGCUCCUUGCGGAGAAUCGGCGCUUGAAGGAGCAGUCGGUCACCUCGGCCGAUGCGGCCGAAGUUAAUGAUCCUCCAAAUACAGAACGAGGCCCAUCUAGAGCCGAUGCACCAGAUGCAACAGGCAUUCAAAACCCGAUCAUCGGUGACCGUGCCUGGUUCCACCGCUACGAUCCGUCCUCGCCGCCAAUCUACAUCGGCGAAGCAGCUUGCUCGGCCUUUGCCACGCGUUUCCGUCGCUUCCUCACAGGGAACAAUUCAACUCCUCAUAUUGCUCGAACGCAAUGGGAACGCGAAGAAACCAUUGCCGCGGCUGCCAACGAGGCCGAUGCCCAAUGGCCGAGCCUGCAUCACGCGCGGCUGCUGGUGCGCAUUGCCAUCCACCAGAUCGGAUACUUGUAUCACCUCAUGAUGCGCAAAUCAACCCUGGACAAGCUCGAAGAAAUCUACCAAAACGAAGCUUUCGACUGCACGACCAACAAAUGCAAGUUCUUCGCCCUGUUCGCCUUCGGGCAGGCAUAUUCCAUCCGCUCCGAACCAACCUACAGCUUACGCGUGCCCGGAACCGCAUAUUUCGCUCGAGCAAUGAGCCUAGUCCAAGUUCUACCCGAGCGAACAAGCAUCACACACCUGGAAACAUUACUACUCCUAUCCUUAUUCUCCCACUACCUUAACCGCCGGCACUCAGCCUACGUGCUGAUCAGCAACGCAAUGCGCAUGGGCUUAACCAUAGGCCUCAACCACAACAUCUCAGAAUCCCAACUAAUCGACCCGGUCGAACGCCAACACCGGAUCGAAAUCUGGUGGACAAUCUACAUCUUCGACCGAAUGUGGGGCUCGAAAAUGGGCCUACCGAUGCAAAUCCUAGACGAAGACAUCCACGUCGACAUGCCAAGCACCAUCUCGCCAACCUGGCGGCACGAAGAAGAACUCUCCGACACAGCAUACAUGACGGCGAACAUCAAGCUCGCUCGAAUAGUCGGUGAAACGAUAACGAAACUCUACAGCCGGCGGAAAUACCAAGAAACGUUCCUCCAACGCGUUCAAAAGCUGUUGAAGGCGUUGAAGAAUUGGGUCGAGACGCUCCCGGAAAGUUUACGGCUGAACAUGGAGGAUUUGGAGUCGAGCAAGAAACCGGUCGUGUCGUUGCAUAUGGCGUUUAACCAGUGCGUUAUUCUGACGACGAGGCCUACGCUUCUGCAUCUUCUUAUUACGCUGAAGACGGAGCCGAGGAGUACGAGUCGGGAGUCUGUUUCGAAGCCCGUGCUUACGCUGAGUGAAGCGUGUAUCCAUGCUGCGCGGCAUUCGCACAGUAUGAUCCUGACGCGCUGGAUCAAUGGGACGAUGCCGACGUUCGGAUACUUCCAUGCUCACUAUCUCUUCUCGUCGGCGCUGAUACUCGCAAUGUCGAGUUUUGUUCCGAUUGGGAAUCCCAGUGACAUGGGGGGUUUUGAUUCUGCGUUGGACUUGCUGCGCUCGAUGACGGAGAAUGGGAAUCUCGCUGCGGCGGAGUUCUAUCAUAACCUCGAGCAGGUGAAGGUUUGUCUGGAUGCGUAUCGGGGUGGGCGGAGGGGAGGUAGUGCGGAAGUGCCCGUUCCGACUACAGCUUCGGCACCACCGGUAUCAGGCCUAGCAUCUACAUUGCCAGUGCCGGGUAUUUUACCAGUGAUGCCAGAGAAUGAGUUACUAGUUGGACCUGGACUGGAGUAUGCAGUACAGAGGGAGACGAUGGCGGGGUACACGACAGAGAUGGCAUUCUUGGAACCGACGAUGCAGGAUUUCUUGGCGCAGUCGGAUAUCGAUUUGGGGUUGUUGCAUCCCGUUGAUACGUUUUUAAAUGAGGCGGAGAAUCUUUACACAUGUCAUGAGUUAUAG